CCCUCUCAUCAGCUGGCCGAGGCUCCGGCGCUGCUGUUGACUUUAUUAGGGAAAAGCAAGGUGCUCUGCAGCGGCUGGGAGGCGAGAGGGGCCGGGGAAGCAUCCCAGCUGGGGGACGGUGGGCUGCUGCAGGUCUUGGCUCCAGGGGUGAGCACUUGAUCCCAUGGUGCCAAUUGAAGAGUGGAGGAAGGACUGAGAUGCCCCGGCGGGAGCGUUUCACCGGCCACGUGAGGACCCGGGAGCGAAGGAGAUGAGUCGGGAGGGUAAUGGCAUGGGUGACGUCAUCAGGAAAGCAGCCGCGCCGGCCGGGGAGGGGAGUUAUAAAAAGGCCCAGAAGAAUGAGCGUGAGUCCAUCAGGCAGAAGCUGGCUCUGGGCAGUUUCUUCGACGAUGGCCCAGGACUUUACACCAGCUGCAGCAAGAGUGGCAAGCCGAGCCUCUCCUCCCGAUUACAAAGUGGGAUGAACCUGCAGAUCUGCUUCGUGAACGACAGUGGCAGUGACAAGGACAGCGACGCCGAUGACAGCAAGACAGAAACCAGCCUGGACACGCCAUUGUCACCCAUGAGCAAGCAGAGCUCAUCCUACUCCGACAGAGACACAACAGAGGAAGAGUCGGAGUCCCUCGAUGACAUGGACUUCCUCACCCGGCAAAAGAAACUCCAAGCUGAAGCCAAAAUGGCCUUGGCUAUGGCAAAGCCCAUGGCCAAAAUGCAGGUCGAGGUGGAAAAGCAGAACAGGAAGAAAUCGCCGGUAGCAGAUCUUCUGCCACAUAUGCCUCAUAUAAGUGAAUGCCUGAUGAAGAGAAGUUUAAAACCCACUGAUCUAAGAGACAUGACUAUCGGGCAGCUACAAGUGAUAGUCAAUGAUCUCCACUCACAGAUAGAAAGCUUGAACGAGGAGCUGGUGCAGCUGCUGCUCAUUCGGGACGAGCUGCACACGGAGCAGGAUGCCAUGCUGGUGGACAUCGAGGACCUGACCAGACACGCUGAAAGUCAGCAGAAGCACAUGGCAGAGAAGAUGCCGGCAAAAUGAACCCCGGAGCCCCAGGAGCAGAGCUUGAGCGAGACUUCAUUUUGCUUCUGUGUGUGUCCAAGCGCUGAUGUCCACGGUGGCGCACAAGAAAACCAGUGUUAGUCAUUGACCAUGUCUGAAGCUUUAUGUCUGGUGAUUGGCCUCUGCUUCUUAAUUUAUUUUAAUUUUUUUACUCGUGCCACUAAAUAUCAGGCAUUUUAAUAAUAUUAUUACAAAAAAUGUACAGUACUUAUAACAUUAUAAAUCAUGGGUGAGAAGAGAGGGUAGUUUAACUUUAUUUUUGUUUGUUUAGAGAUUUUCAGUUGAACGAUAUUUUACCAUUGACUACUUUUUUAUUCUUCACUGUAGUUUUAAAAUAAAGAAACUGUACUUGACGGUGCUAUACAAGUCAAAAAAAUACAUGCCUGCCUCGUAGUGAAGUUGUAGCUUUCAGUAAUACGUAUAUUUUAAUCAGUUUUCAACAUUUUGUGAAUGUUGACUACCUGACAUUCAUUUUUAGAUGUGCUAUUAACAUUUGGUUGGAUUCAGAGAGUUACCUUGAAAGUUUUAUGUAUAAAUAUGUAAAAUAAAAAUUUAAAAAAUUGUUUCAUAUGAUACGUCUUUUUGUUGCCUAGUGGUUGACUUUGGUGAUGCACCAGUAAUGUAUUCCUCGAACUAAAUGUGCAAUUCCUAAUUUGUCAUCACCAGAAAGAGCCUUUUUUUUUUUUUUGCUGAUCACAUGAAAUUAUGGAAGGAAGACAGGAUUUUUGUAGAGUUAUUUAUUUGUAAGUUCAUAAUGUAUGUAUGACAUGGACUUGAGAUUCUUCUAUAAUAACAUUCACUGAGCCCUAAUAUUGUGACUAUUGUUAGAAUCAGCAGGUGCAUACCAUAGAUGGUUUUUUUUAUAUUUUAUUGUCUGGGCUAAAUAUUUAAAUGACUCACCAAUGUCAGAAAUAAAAAAAAAUCUAUGUUAAAAAUCUAAGCAGCAUAUUAAAUGUAUUAUAUAUGGUAAUUACUCACCUCUCUGCCUUUGGGCUGGGCUCCCCGUUAGUAUCUGUGUUCAUCAGCUGAGUGCUGGUUGCGUGCUCCUUUGCGCGUACAGGAGGAGGGACGCUGGGAGACUAAUAGGUCUGUCUCCAUCCCUCAUUUAUUUGAUUUAAUGCUGAAACAGCUUGUCCAUCCCCUUCCUAAGGCAGCCUGGCCGUAGCCAGCAGCAGACACAUGUCGUGCGCACCAGCUUUUACAUUUUAAUUCUUUUUUCCUUGGGGGCAAAUUCAUCUUAGCAAAGGGUCUGGCUAAUGACUUAUUCAGGGUGUUUUCAGAAAAGCAUGAACUGCAUUAAAAUUUCAUCCCCCACCAAGAAUGUAUUUCAUAAAAUGACUUCUUUUUCCCCCCUAUUUUUGCAGAAAGUGCAGGUUAUGGAAGUGCCAGCCCUCAGCAGGGUUUGGUGGAGCUGGGGUGGGGAGGGGGGAUUGUUUUUUAGGAUUGUUUUUCCUUUCCUGGGAGUUGCUCCACGGGGUUUCCAGUGGACAGUCCCUGUCCCACAGCCCCCCGGGGGGGGGGCACGUCCUGUGUCCCUGCUGGGUAUUGUCCCCGAGCAGGGAGCUGUGCCUGCCCCUGGCUUUUGCAGAAAGAUGCUGGGACGGGUUAGGCUGGAGAGCCCUCACGGGCAGACCAGGGACAAUAUAAACUCCUCUUACUUUGCUUUUUUUGAAUCUAUGCAGGAAAAAGAAAUAUAUUGGGAGUGUUAAUUUCCCUGUAGCUCUGGUUGGCUUGAUGCUGUUGCCUGCACGUGGGGAGACCUGCUGGGUUUUAUAUUUCUACUCUGUAAAAUGCCGUGUUUGCAGUGCUCUGAGUCCAAAAUAGUCCCCGUGGGGCGCAGAGCUGGUGCCUCUAUCAGAAGCAGCUGUUCGGUAUCAGUGAGGAGGUGCCUGCCACUGGAUUUAAAGCAUGAACAGCAAAAGCCCCAAAUACAAAAAGUUUGCUCUCAGCUUUAAAAAAAAAAAA